CAACACCGACUGUCACUCUUAUAAACUCAAUUUUGCACCAUUGAUUUCUUGAAGUGAUUUAAUUAAGAAUAUAUUAGUUCAAUACUUUUAAAUUGUAAUAAUAAGUUAAAAGUCUAUUAUGGAUGAUCAAGGAAGAAAAGUUAUCGUUUGCGAUAACGGUACUGGGUUUGUAAAGUGCGGAUAUGCUGGCAGCAAUUUCCCUGCUUUCAUUUUCCCAUCAAUGGUCGGCAGACCAAUCAUUCGAGCGGAAAACAAAAUAGGAGAAAUUGACGUUAAGGAUUUGAUGGUUGGAGAUGAAGCAUCUCAAUUGCGUUCGAUGCUUGAAGUCAGCUAUCCAAUGGAGAAUGGGGUUGUACGUAAUUGGGAGGAUAUGUGUCAUGUGUGGGACUACACAUUUGGUCCAAGUAAGAUGAAUAUUGAUCCUCGGGAAACUAAGAUAUUGCUCACCGAACCCCCCAUGAACCCUACUAAGAAUAGAGAGAAGAUGAUUGAGGUAAUGUUUGAGAAAUAUGGCUUUGAUAGUGCGUACAUUGCUAUACAAGCGGUAUUGACUUUGUAUGCACAAGGCCUUAUCUCCGGAGUAGUGGUUGAUUCAGGUGAUGGUGUAACUCACAUCUGCCCAGUAUAUGAAGAGUUUGCAUUACCACAUUUAACGAGGCGUUUGGAUAUCGCAGGGAGAGACAUUACUAGAUAUUUGAUAAAAUUACUAUUACUACGUGGGUACGCGUUCAAUCAUUCCGCGGACUUUGAAACUGUGCGAAUGAUGAAGGAGAAACUUUGUUACAUCGGAUACAAUAUAGAACAAGAACAACGUCUCGCCUGGGAGACAACAGUACUUGUUGAACCUUAUGUUUUACCCGAUGGCCGAGUGAUCAAGGUCGGUGGUGAGAGAUUUGAAGCUCCCGAGGCUCUGUUCCAGCCUCACCUCAUCAAUGUUGAAGGUCAAGGGAUUGCUGAGCUGGUGUUUAACACUAUACAGGCAGCAGAUAUAGACAUGCGAAAUGAACUAUACAAGCACAUAGUGUUAUCAGGAGGGUCGACCAUGUACCCCGGUCUGCCCUCUCGCCUGGAGAGGGAGAUCAAACAGCUGUACUUGGAGAGGGUGUUGAGGAACGACUGCGAUAAACUUGCCAAAUUCAAGAUUCGCAUCGAAGACCCACCGCGACGUAAAGACAUGGUGUUCAUAGGGGGCGCUGUGCUCGCUGAAGUCUGCAAGAACAGGGACAACUUCUGGCUCUCCAGAGCUGAAUAUCAGGAACAGGGUAUAUCCUGUCUGAGAAAACUCGGCCCAAGAGCAAGUUAAUUAAAUCUACAAUAAUAUAAUUAUGAGAUGUAUUCCAAAAAUGUAUUAUUAUAAAGAAUUAUUAAUAAAAAA